AUGGUACCAGAGAGCUGCAGGAAAGCUGAAGCUUCCAAGGUGAAGGUGAAGGUGGCGGGUCAGGAGGGGCUACACGGACACAACCUGAACAUCCCACAAAUAAUCACCACCCCAGAACCCGAGGCCAACACUCUGAUGGUCCCAGAGAUCAGAGCUGAUCUGUCUGCAGGCGAGGAUGAUGAGGAGCUACUGAAGGCGGAUUUGAAGACCUGGUCAAGUCAGGGAGACCUGCUGACUGCAGACGACGAGAUGCGUCCUCUCUCAGCCGCCAGCAUCGGCAGCGUUGUGAUCCAGGAGCGCCUGAAUGAGCUGGUUAAGCUUUUUAAAGGUCGGACUGAGAGACAGAAGGACCGCCUGGUGGAUCCGGAUGAGUCUGAGGAGGAGAGUCCCUCAGCAUCUCCUAGCAAAGCUCCACCACCUCCUCCUCCACCGCCUCCUCCAGAAGAAGAGAAGAAGGAAGAAGCAGCAGCGCCAGAAGAAGAGGAAGAGCUGUUCCAGUUUGAGCUGCUGGGGCAUCCAGUGAAAAUACCCCAUCUUCCCCCGAUGCCUGACUGGCUGCGAGCUAUCCUGGAAUAUCGCUUUCCCUCCAGCAUUGACCCAUUCACAGAUCUGAUCUAUGUCAUCUGGCUGUUCUUCGUGGUGGCGGCCUGGAACUGGAAUGUGUGGCUGAUCCCUGUCCGCUGGGCGUUCCCCUAUCAGACACCUGAGAACAUCCACCUGUGGCUGCUGAUGGACUACACCUGUGACUUCAUCUACAUCGCAGACAUCCUCAUCUUCCAGCCCAGACUGCAGUUUGUCCGUGGGGGAGACAUCGUGUGUGAUAAAAAGGACAUGAGAGAACAUUACAUGACCACUGAGAGGUUUAAGAUGGAUGUCAUCAGUCUAUUUCCCAUGGAGAUAUUAUACUACUUCACUGGGGUGAACUCUCUGCUUAGAUUCCCUCGUCUGCUGAAGUACAUGGUGUUCUUUGAGUUCAACGACAGAAUGGAGGCCGUGAUGAAGAAGGCCUACAUCUACAGGGUAAUUCGGACCUCUACCUACCUGCUGUACUCUCUGCACAUCAACGCCUGUCUCUUCUACUGGGGCUCCGACUAUGAAGGCCUUGGAUCCACCAAAUGGGUCUACGAUGGAAGAGGCAACGCUUACAUCCGCUGUUACUACUUCGCUGUAAAGACGCUAAUCACCAUCGGCGGACUGCCAGACCCAACAACUGUCUUUGAGAUCUGCUUCCAGCUCAUCAAUUACUUUGUGGGCGUGUUUGCUUUCUCCAUCAUGAUUGGUCAGAUGAGAGAUGUAGUCGGAGCAGCAACAGCGGGUGAAAAUUACUACCGGGCCUGUAUGGACAGCACUGUCAAGUAUAUGAACUCCUACAACAUCCCCAGAGAAGUCCAGAACCGCAUCAAGACUUGGUACGACUACACCUGGAAGAUCCAGGGCAUGCUGGAUGAACAGGAGCUGCUGAUUCAACUACCUGCUAAAAUGAGGCUGGACAUUGCUGUAGACGUCAACUACUCCAUCGUCAGCAAAGUGGCACUUUUUCAGGGCUGCGACAGGCAGAUGGUGUUCGACCUGUUGACCAGGCUGAAGUCUGUUGUGUACCUGCCUGGAGACUUUGUGUGUAAAAAGGGGGAGAUUGGAAGGGAGAUGUAUAUCAUCAAGCAAGGGGAAGUUCAGGUGGUUGGCGGUCCUGACCUGCAGACGGUGUUUGUCACCAUCAGAGCUGGCUCUGUGUUCGGAGAGAUCAGUCUGCUAGCCGGCGGUGGAGGAAACCGGAGAACAGCCAACGUGAAGGCUCAUGGAUUCGCCAACCUCUUCAUUCUGGAUAAGAAGGACCUGGCAGAGAUCCUGGUCCAUUAUCCCGAGUCCCAGAAACUCCUGCGAAAGAAGGCCAAGAAAAUGCUGACCAAGGACAAGAAGCCGGAGGAGAAGGAGACACGUAAGGAGGCAGCGGAGGUCAUCCCGCCCCGACCAGACACCCCCAAACUGUUCAAGGCUGCUCUGAAGGUGACGGAGCAGGCGGGCAUUGAGGGGACCUUCGCCAAGCUGAAGAAGGUCUACAAACCAUCUGAGGCCCAAACAGAGGCUCCUCCCCCAAUCUCUCCGGUCCCGCCCCCUUCUCCGAUGCACCGCCGCUCUCCGGUCCCCCGGAGCCCGGCUCCAGAGGACAGAGACGAGUCUGUGGCAGAGACAGCGGACAGCUCCGUCAUCAUCAGGAUGACGCCACGCAAGGAAGGGGAGGAGCUUCUGACUGUGGAGGUGACAGCAGAUGCAGCGAAGAAGGAGACGAAAGAGGAGACGAAAAAAGAGGAUUAAUGAAUCAAAUUCAGCACUUUUUAUUUUUUUUGCUUUUCUUCAUCACCAUUUGAGUUUGUUUGGGAAACUGCAGCACCGCAUGGCCACAUGUGACACGCCUGAAUGAGGGGCUUCUGCUCCCCCAGGAAGAGAAAACAUCCUAUUAGGAGCCGUGAUGAAAGAAACUCCAUUUCCCAGAGUUCCUUGCAGCUUUAACAUAAUGUUUCCUUCACUGAACUGAAGCUUCUAGAUGCAGCGCUGUGUUGUGAGAGGAUGAUUGAUCUGCUCCGUAGCUCCAACAAACAUAAAGCUUUCAGUUACAGUUUCUUUGGAAAAAAUAUUUUUAAAAUUGUUUCUGACUCAUCUAUGUCUCUGAGGGGUGAACUUACUUAUGACUUGAAAUUCUGUUAAACUGUAAACUGAUGGCCAUUGUUCUGACUAGCAGCCAUGAAGGUCAAUAAAUAUCCAGAGACAAAAAGCAGAGACUUGUAUGUUUCAGGCUGAUUCUAACUGUUUUCCAGU